AUGGCUGACGAAGCCAUGGAUUACCCCAUGGAUUACCCCAUGGAGGAAGCCCAGGUGUACCGUCAAGCUGCUAACGACGAGCCGGCGACGUCCUCUGACUAUACCGUUGCCCUGCGCGACGCAUCUCUAGAAAUCUCAACUCAAGCAAUUGUUCCUAGCGAGCUCACUCAGUCUUCCGAGUCCUCGUUGGCAAGCGGUUCGGAUUCCCCCAACUCAGACACUACAUUGGAAGAAGCAGUGUUCCGGGGCCUCGCCACUACCGAUCUGAAUACUAUCCAGAUCGUUGUUUCCUCUUCAAGCGCCCAAUAUACGAUCGUCGUCAGCUACCGCAAUUUUACUCCCGGCGUCAUUCAGUUCUUUGCAUUCUUACGAACCCAGUGCAUUGCCUAUUUUACAGCUCUAGCUGGAGAUCAAGACGGGCGGCCUCACAUCCAGAGCAUCUUGAAUGUGUGGCAGGAGCUCCCACUAUUUCGGAGCUGCAUCAGUUCGCUAUCCAUCAUGGAGACCACAGUCCCGCGAGGCUUUUGCUCAACUUUCGCUCCUAAACUCAACAAGAGAGCUCUUCGUCUCAAGAAGGGCCAAAAGGGUACUGACGCUCGGAUGUUGAGAAUGGGUUUUGACUCCCGGAUAUUCGCCCGCUCACGACGUAUCUCCACCAAACACACGCCCAUUAUAUGUCCUUAUAUGCUGCGCGGUGCCAGGAACGACUGGGAUUCAUUCAAUGCAGACAGUACCGCGUGGAACAGACGAAGCGCUACUUGUGGUGACCUCGAAAUACUACAUCCCUCUCAUAACGUCGCGCCACUUUCCCCCGAAUUUGAUCGACUUGCUACUGCUUUCUUCAACGGUGAUGCCGUUCCCGAGGAUCUCGAUACUCUUCCAAAUCCACUCCCUAGCAGUGGCGUAAACUACAAGAUGGUCUAUUACGCAUCCAGUUGGACUGAAAUUAUCAACGCGAAAUUAUUGGAGGACGAUAAUAUGGCAGUAUUUCUUCAAGAUGUUAUCAUGGCAAAUGAACUAGAGAAGGCUUGCGUUUCAAAAACCAGCUACGGCGGCCGUAAAGUUUUUCGCCACAGAUCUUAUCCGAGAAUCGUUGAAUCAAUGAAAGACAAGGCGCUCAACGACCUUCUGGAGGAUGAUAUUGAUGCCCAGCAGGUUGGGGCAGGAAUUUUACUACCCAAUGAUACGCCAGUCGAAGUUCAAGAUGCCGAGCAGCUGGCCUUAGAACUGUCGGACCUAACCAAGUCUGAUAGCACAUUGACGGCUGGAGAACCUUUGAAAGUUAAGAAGCGCCGCGGUAAGAAAAAGCGGGUUAUCACUACCAAGAAACCUCCUUUGCACGAGGCCAUGCCGGAGAAACCUUUAGAGGACGACGCGAAUCAUGACGAAAAGAUUAUCUCUGCUGAGCUAAGUGGUGAACUAAAUGAGCGUUCUUUUCCGACAGAAGUCGCCCAAGCAGAAUCUUUGACAGCUAUGAUCACUGUAUCGCCCAAGAACUUAGGUUCAGUAGACUCUUCAGCUCUAUUUGUCUCUCAGGGAGGACUGGCCGAGGACAUCCAGUUGGAAGGCGGCGAUGGGGGAUGGACUACUGUAGCCCCUAAAUCUCAUUCUAGGUCUAAAAUUUCGCGCAAAAAGGCUUCUCAAAGUUCCGCCGGUAACCCAAGUGGAAACUUGGACAGAGGUGUGAAACCCCACCAGAAAAGAGCUGUUAACAAAAAGAAUACCCCGUCGCAACAGCCCAAUAGAGCCAGCGAAUACCCAAGAAACCGGUCUUCAUCAGGAAUGCCAGCCACCCCAUCGAGUAAGGCAGCUAGUUUCCGCCCUUCGCCAGGAGCCCACCAAUCCACGAAGUCCAGGGAUAAUAUUUCCAACGAGGGAGGUUCGUCAGAGAAUAUGCGGGUCUUCGAUCCAGAGCAAUAUCCAGCCAUACCUGCUCAACACAGAACUUCUUCAGAAUACCUCAAAGACUCUAAAUCAGAUAUAUCAGUUGCUGUUAAAACUGUUAGAGACGAGGUCACUCAACCAAAGGAGCCUUCUGUCCAUUCUCCGUAUCAGAUUGAGGAUCAGGCCGAGGACCGCCAUGCGUCAACCGUAUCUCCUAAAGCUACAAGCCCGGUCUCUAAAGCCGCCUCACCAGUUUCCAAGGUUGCUUCCCCAGUCCCAGAGACCGAUUCACCAAUCCUCAAGGCUCCCUCAGAGUCGGCUAUUCUGAGUGCCCUUAUUAAGCCUGCUUUGGGAGUAGAACUGGGUUUGCGCGAGACAAAAUCAGACUCGGAGCUGCCAGGCAAUUCCGAGGCAGGAAGUAAUGACCUGACAAGCAAUUUCGAGGCAGGAGGUAGUGACCCGACAGGCGAUGUCGACGACGGUCAACAGACAUUUUCGGUUCCACCAGAACAGCCAGAUGCUCUUAAUACCGAGGCUGUCACUUCCAAUUAUAUGAACAACGACGUGAUUGCCACCGGAGUCGAGGCAGAUCUUUUGGUUGAUCGUCAUUAUGACCCGAGCUAUGGAACAACCACGGAGAAUGGCGGCCCAAUUGCUCCCGGUUCUAAUCUCUCGAAUGUCCCAACUCCAAACUUCAAUCACGUGCACACAUCGGGAGCAUUUCCUUGCUCGCUUUGCAAAAUGCUUUGCAUCCCCUCACUUGAAAUGCCUCUACUUCUCUGCCCCGGGUGUGGUUUCGAUUGCAAUGUCCGCUAUUGUUCUGUCGCCUGUCUGCUAGUGGACGCGUAUGGUCAUUCCAGGAACUGCAUAAAUUCUCCUGCUUCCCAGCGAACUCAUGCAUCCAUGGUCCCUAAUACGUAUAUCUAUGAGUAUAAUCCGCCUUUUCAGAUGGACAGACACCCAGUUGAGUCCCCCGAGAAGUUCCGACAGAGAGCAUUCUCUAUAUACUGUCAUUCUGGACCUUUCCCACCACUUAUGGAGGCAUGGGCUAAGAGCAGAAAUUCCGUGAUGGACUUGGAUAGCGUCGUCGUUUCGGAAACUCGUAAGAUAACCGGCGAUUACCAUGUUUUCAGGUCAAAUGCUACAACUGAUGGCCCGCGUUACAAUCCCGUAGCUGAUGUAAUAUUUACAAUCAAGCUUCGAGUUGGUGACCAACUAAAAGGUAUUCUUAAUCGGACCUUGAAUGUGUGCUUCUAUAUCUAUCACCCUACCAUCACCAGGUUUCUCUUCCGCUUGCUCCAGAGUCUCAUACUUGACUCCGAGCUGUUUGAGAUGCUUCCGCAAGAAGAGGAUCAGGCUACUAUCUUGAAGGAGUUCAAGCAACAAUUCUCCAAGGAGUUUUCUUGCGACCCUGAGAGCUAUAACGGACUGUCCAACUUCGAUUUCGACUAUGAGUGGCCCCAAAUUGCACCUAUUCUGAUGGAUGUGGAGAAUAGAUACCCACUCAUUUGUACUUGGAUGAGAUAUCGAGGCCGCGGGGUGCGUUGGCAAUACGUGCUAUAG